CCUUGAAACGAAAGACAAGCGAUAGCUAAGCAAACCUCCUCUUCGCUUCUCCAAAGGGUGACGGUAUUUAAAAUAAAGCGAUAAACAAUCUUUUGCUAAAUUUCAACACCAUCGUUCUUCUUGGCCGCUAUCGCAACCAAACAGUGCUUUCUGGUAGGUUUGUUGAAUCUCUUCGAAGCUUUCUCGUAAUAAUUUGGAUUAUUUACAAGCGAACAUUGUUUGAUUUUACGGAUUUCGAGCAUUCGGUUACCGCUUUUUCUUGAGAUGCUUAUUGAGGUUUCCUUGCGAUAGAUCGAUGGGGCAAGUUUUAUGAUUGGAAAGGUUUUGAUUAGCAAAUCGUUGUGUCUCGUUUUUCUCUCUGUCUGUUGAUGUAUCUUGCUAUUAUUGAGGAGGAAUAUUGGCUUGUGAACGUGCCCAAAUUAUUCCUGGGUGCUAUCAGGCCAUUGAAUUGUUUAUUUGAAGGGAAGGUCUAUUACUUUUCUAUCCCAAGAGAUAGAUGGGAUAAGGAGCUUUUUAAGCUGCAGAGUGGGUAAUAAAUCAUAAUUUGUGAUAACAUAAAGGGUUUAGUUGCGGAAUUGUUGAAUUAGUUUGGUUUUUGUUACAACUGUUUGAGAUGGGCUCUUCACAAGGAUCUACAUUGUCAACUAAUAUGGCUGCUGGAUUUGUGGACGGUUCAUCUACACGCCGAGGAGUUUCGUACGUUGAUAGUUUGCCCAUUUAUGUUAAGGAGCUAAUUGCUGGGGGCGCUGCUGGAGCUUUUGCUAAGACGGCUGUUGCACCUCUGGAAAGGACUAAAAUUCUCUUGCAGACAAGAACAGAAGGGUUCCAAUCUCUUGGGGUGUGUCAAUCCUUAAAGAGGUUACUGAAGCAGGAAGGUGUUCUUGGAUUUUAUAAAGGAAAUGGAGCUAGUGUUCUUCGGAUUGUACCUUAUGCAGCCUUGCAUUUCAUGACAUAUGAGCAAUAUCGAGUUUGGAUUGUGAAUAACUAUUCAGCAUUGGGAUCGGGGCCUGUUAUAGAUCUAUUAGCUGGUUCGUUAGCUGGAGGAACAGCAGUUUUAUGCACAUAUCCUUUAGAUCUGGCUCGUGCAAAACUUGCUUAUCAGGUUGUAGACACUAGAGGAAGUUCCAGGGGUGGUAUAAGAAGUAUGUCUGGACAACCUGCAUAUGGUGGCAUAAAAGAUGUACUUACAAGUGUCUACAAGGAUGGGGGAAUGCGCGCUCUAUAUCGGGGCAUAGGUCCGACCCUAACUGGAAUUCUCCCUUAUGCUGGUUUGAAGUUUUAUGUAUAUGAGGAACUCAAGAGGCAUGUUCCUGAAGAGCAUCAGAAAUCCAUUGUGAUGCGUCUUUCUUGUGGCGCCCUAGCAGGGCUAUUUGGGCAGACCCUCACAUACCCAUUAGAUGUUGUUAGGCGGCAGAUGCAGGUAGAAAAUCUGAGACCUUCUAUUCAAGGUGAUGCCAAAUACAGGAACACAUGGGAAGGGCUUACCAGCAUUGCCCGAAAUCAAGGAUGGAAACAGCUGUUUGCGGGCCUGAGCAUUAAUUAUAUCAAGAUUGUUCCUUCUGUGGCAAUUGGCUUCACUGCAUAUGACAUGAUGAAAGUGUGGCUCCACAUACCACCUCGGCAGAAAUCACGAUCAGUCUCCAAUUCAUAAUCUUGACAAUAGCUAAAAUGCACUAUCAGCUCUGUACUAGCUCUCCUACUGAUUGAAAGUAGAUCGGACUUAUACUGUUACUGAUUAAGGAUUCCUGUCUGUGUUGGCACAAAUACUUUGUUGUUGAUACAUUGUAUGUUGAGAGAAGAAUUCUGUGAUUUUUCGUUUUCA